AUGUUUGUGAACAUAGGGUCUUACCGUUAUCCAGCCUUUGUUGUGUGCCUCCUGUUGUUUUCCAUUAUUAUCUCUGCUAAUCUUGUUUUAAUACUGGUGAUAUCACUGGAGAGGACACUUCAUGAGCCCAUGUACAUAUUUAUUGCAUUUUUGUCUUUCAACUCUCUCUAUGGCUCCUCUGGUUUUUUCCCCAGAUUCCUCAUGGACCUUCUGUCUGAUACUCAUUUAAUCUCACGUCCAGCUUGUUUCACUCAGGUCUAUGUUAUUUACACUUAUGCUUUCUACGAAAUGACCAUUCUGAGCAUUAUGGCGUAUGACAGAUAUGUUGCUGUAUGUGACCCUUUACACUAUCACAACAAGGUGACCCUAACAGUCUGCAGGCUGGCAGCCUUUGCUUGGAUCUGUCCAGCCUUUUCUGUUGCAGUAUGCCUUUAUUUGACCAUCAGGCUUCCUUUGUGUGGCAACAAGCUUGUUAAGGUAUACUGUGCCAUCUGGAAUAUUGCUAAAAUUUCAUGUGUUACCACUUUUGUCAACAAUAUUGUCGGCUUGUUUGUAACUGCAAUCACAGUCAUCCUGCCCCUGAUCUAUGUUUUGUAUACUUACUUUCAAAUUAUGGUUGUGUGCAGGAAAAGCUCAUCUGAAUUCAAGAGCAAAGUUUUCCAAACCUGCUUACCACAUACUAUUUCAUUUGUCAGUUAUUCUGUCACUAUUUUUUGUGAUAUUGCCUUAAGUCGUUUUGAUGUUGAAAAGCUAAACCCAGUUUUUGCUGUCAUUUUAUCAUUGAAGUUCGUCACGAUUCCUCCACUUCUGAACCCUCUUGUGUAUGGCUUGAAGUUACCAGAAAUUAGAAGACACAUUUUCAGGAUGCUGUCAUGUUUAAAAACAUUUUCUUAA